AUUAAUUUGAGAAUGAUUAUGCACCUAUACAAAUAAAUAUAAAUAUAUAAAUAAAAUUACAAUAUGAAAUAUUCUUUUAAUGUAAUAAUUAUAUUUCGUGAGUGUGCCAUAUUGUAGAAUAUAAUUUAUUAGAAGAGCAUUUUGAAUUUCCCCACCAAUAAAAACACAUAUAAACAAACAUUCUAAACGAUAAAUUAAUUCAUAAUGGCAUUAUCUAAUACACCUAAUCAAGAAUAUAGUUGGCAAGGAACAAAUCUACCUUUAUUUGGUAGUGAUGAAGAUAAAAGAGUUAAAAAGGAAUCCGGCUUACAAGAAGAAGCUUGGUGUCCAGUUUUGAAUACACAUUGUCCACGAUUAUUUGUAUGGAGAGUUGAAAAAUUUAAAAUUAGACCAGUUAAUGAAAAUGAUUAUGGUCAUUUCUUCAACGGUGAUUCAUAUAUUGUUUUGAAUAUAUAUCCAAAAGGGAGAGGACUUGGUUAUGAUGUACACUUUUGGGUCGGAUCAAAAAGUACUCCGGAAGAAUAUACUACAGCUGUUUAUAAGGCAGUGGAACUCGAUGCUGUACUUGAUGACCAAGCUGUUCAACAUCGUGAAGUUGAACAAUAUGAAUCAAGCUUAUUUAAAUCCUACUUUUCAUGUUUCCGCAUACUGAAUGGUGGCAUUGACUCUGGUUUCCGUCGAACAACUCCAAAUGAAUAUCAGCCAAGAUUGUUGCAUUUCCUUCAAGAAGGCAGAGGACGAUUUCAAGUACAGGAGGUGGAUCUUUCAAUUAAUUCAUUAGAUUCUACUGACGUUUUUAUUCUUGAUCUUGGUUCAAAACUAUAUCAGUGGAACGGAUCAAAAAGUAAUAAGGAGAAGCGUUAUAAUGCUGCUCAAUUCUUACUACAAGUCAGUAGUGAACGUAAUGGACGUUGUAAAACUGCUGUAUUGGAUGAAUUGUUUACAAAUAGUGGAGAUGAAUUCUUACAUUAUUUACCAGAUAAACCAGUUUACAGACCCAAAAAGUACUGUGAAUCAACAAAAUGUAUUUACAAGCUAUCUGAUGAAGAUGGUAAUCUAUCAUUUGAUUUAGUUGUGAAAAAUCAUUUGCCUAAAAGAGCAGUUAAUGAAGAUGAGGUCUUUCUAAUUGAUGCAGGAUAUCAUUUAUUUAUUUACAUUGGAAGUAAAUGUUUACCAUGUGAAAAGCAAAAUGCUUUAUCAUAUGCACAUAUUACUGAAUUCAUACUAAAACAUCAGCAAACAUUUCUAGUCAACUAAUUUUUCAUCGUUCUUAUAAAAGAGUCAUAUAUAUAUAUAUAAUGAAAGAAAAUUACAUUGAAACUAUUUUAAUGAGGUGAAAACGGAUUAGUCAUAAUUAUUCAACUGAUAAAGAGCAACAUUUUGGAAUUCAUUUUGUUAUUUAAUUAAAAUGAUUAAAGCAUUGUACUUUUUUUUCUUUUUUUCUCAAAAAAACAACCAGCAUUACUUAAAAAGCACAAGACAUCCAUUUAUCCCAGUUACUGUUAUUGGUUCUAAUCAAAGUUCAGAAGAACUCGAACGAGCAUGGGACAGAGAUAGAGCUACAAGUUAUCUACAAUAAAUAAAAACAAACAAAUAAUUAUUAGACUUUUAUAUAACUGAAUUUGUAUGAAAUUAUUUCUUAAUAUUAUUGAUAAAAGCACAUACACACACACUCAGCCACACACACACAGCGAUCAAUCACUGCAUUAUUAUUUUUAUUCUUUGUAGUUAACUGAAGUAAUAACUAUUGUUUUUUUCUAAAUACAAAUUUAAUGAUUACAGUGAUUUAGCUGAUAUUAGCUUUUAUAUUUGAUAUCAAACUAUAUCUUCUUUUGUUUUUCAUAAAUAGUUUAUGCUCUAGAUCACACUUUCUUUUAUAAGUUCACGAUGGUCAAUCGUUUUUUUUUCUUUUUUGAUAAUAUCCAUAUAUGGUUUUUAAAAAAAACAAAAAAAAACAAAAACAAAAACUAAUUUAGAUACUAUUUUAUUCUCUUCCAAAGUAUUUAUUACAAAAACUAGUUUUUUUUCUUUUUGAUAUUAGUAUAAUACAAUUUUUUGACUAUGUGUAUAUUAAUAUAUUUGAAUUGACAGUGGAAAGAUAUUUAACGUUGAUUAAUACAUUAUUACGCAAUAUAUGAUUACGUAAUGUUAAAUUAUAAAAAAUUUAAUCAGCUUUACUAACAGUUGGUGAUUGAAUAUAAUACAGUGAUUCAGAUCUAUCAUAAUAUAUAAUUUAAAUUAAAAAAUGUUAGUCAGUAUAAUGUAUAUUGUUUGAUUACAA